GAAAAUUCGAACGUCACGUGAUCGAAACAAUUUACAAUGGAGUCCUGUGAAUAGUUUACCUUGUCAACACACGUUUUGGCCAUUUGCGAAACAAAACAUCAGUUUAUCGCAAGCCAGAAGAAGGAACAGAGUAUAGUUAUUAUACAUCUUACAGCACAACAUUAGAUCUUCUGUGGUUUUAAAAUGAAAACACAGACAGCAAAUACGUUCUCCCUACAAGGUUCAGGUUUUAGUAACCUACAAAGUCAUUAUAGACCAGACUCCAGAUCAAAGAAUCAUUAUGCUGAAAACAUGAGAAGAAUCAGAUCGAUUCAGAGACAAAGUAGACAGAAGGAAAGUGACACUCACCAGCCGGUUAAAGCUUUGUGGAAGUCAGAGAAAUACAGUUCUGUCACAUCAAAGAUUAAAGACGACAUUCAGAAAGAACCAGCAGUUCCAAGGCCACAUUCAGCUAAUUUCCUUAGAGCACAUUCCAGGAUGGGACCCCCAGCUAUCCCAGUACAGAAUCGACCAUGUUCUGCGGAACCACCAAAAGAAAAACUGACCAUUCCAGUAGCCUCGUCAGCUAGUGAUGUUAAGUUAACAAGACAUAAUUUUGACUUUAUAAAAGUCAAUGGUAUUGCAGCAAGGAAUUCUAGAAUGUACAAGAGUCCAAGUCUGACGAAUUUAGAUGAAUUAAAGAAAAAACAAGAUGAUGAGUUAAAACGAUACAAGAAAGGAGUAGUACCUCACUAUUUAGUAAAUAGAAAAGAUCAAUGGAAGAAAGAUGAAGAAGAUAGAAUAGCUAACACACCUGAUCCAGCUAUGCCACCCGGUCAUAAAGUUUUACCUGAAAAUGAGAGAUUACAGACCCUUAAUCUGUUGAAAGAAAGAGAAAGGGAACUGAUGAAGCUGUUAUCUGGCCUCCCGUUACGAAUGGAUACGUUUAGACUAAGGACAGAAAAACAAGAAAUAGAGGCAAAGUUAUCAGAAAUUGAUGAGGGAAAGAAGAUAUUUUCAAAACCGAAAGUUUUUGUGAGGAUAGACAGCUAGUGCAUUGUGGGAUCAAAGUAUGAUGCUAGUGCAUCAUUGGAAUGGUGCAAGUGCAUCAUGGGACAAUUUGCAUGAUGCUGUGCAUUAUGAUAUUUCAAUAAAAUGCAAUACAUUGUGUGACAUAGACUGAAAUCAAACUGGAUUUUUAUAGACAUGCUGACAAUAUUUUGCUAUUAUGUAACUUCUAUCGCUAAUUGAAAGUAGAAUCUUUUUAAAUGUUGUGUAUUUAUAUGUUCCCAGAGAAUCCUGUGAUACUUAGAAAUUCAGAUGUUGUUUUUUUAGAUAACAGCUUACUGUUAGUAAUUUUGAUGCACAAUUUUAUAAUUAUUAACAAUGCCAAUUAAAAAUUGAAAAUUGCUUUUAUUAUUGAAAUUGCAUUUCUUUUCUGUGGUAAAGGAACUUAAAAAAAAAUUAACAUCAGAAACCAUAUUUUUCUGCACAUGGUCAAUUCUUUUUAAUUGUUAGUAUUUUACUUUAGGGCUUUUAAAAUUGAAAUCCAGCCAUUUCAAAUAAAUAAUUGAUUUGAUAUGUAAAUCUUAAAAACCUACUGUUGAUCACUUGCAAAGAAAUAUUCAUUAUUAGGUCAGAAAAAGUAAACUUUUUUGUAUGAGUCUUAGACACUAGGGAAGGUCAAGGUUAACUGAACCCUUCAACAGUUUCUUGCCAGAUACAAAAAAGUUGAUAUUUUUCUGACAUUGAUCUGCUAGUAUUGUUUUUAUUCUGGGGCUAGAAGUGGUUUUAUAAGUAUAUAAUUUCUUGGAAUGUUUUUGAAGAUGAUCAAAUUUUAAAAGUUAGUUAAUAUAUUUUAUUUGUCUGCUUGGAUAGAACAUAAUGGUUUGAUAAAACUGUCUUUUGCUUACUAUUGCUUACUAGAUUUUAAAGAAAAUUAUUAUUCACUUUGAACAAAUAAGUAAUUUGAAAGUGUUUGUUGUGCUAUAACCUGUUCAUUACUCAUUAUGAUCAUUGUUGGAGUUCUGUCAUAUCACCAUUUACUCCAUAUCUUUUUUAACCUCAUUGAGGCAGAGGAAUAUAGUAAUGCUUAUGAUCUUCAAUCAUCAUACUUUUGGUUUCAUGUUGAAAUUUAAAUUACUGCUUGAACAAGGCUUUUGAAGUUUGGAAGUUAUUACUAUUGCGUAAAUCUAUUGUUUUCAUUAAUUUAGUUUUAAAAAAAAGUCUCUUUGUAAAACUACUUGUAGUAAAAUUGACUCAUGAAAAUAGCAUUAUAGAUAACAGACUAAGAGUAUGCUCAAACAUUUAUUUAGACACAGAAAACAAUUAAAAGGAUUUAGUUUUAGUUGUUGUUACUACAUGUAAUGUGGGUUUUUUUUAUUAUAGAAAAAGUGUAACUGUUAUUGCACCAUGUAAAACAAUUAUACAGUUGUAUUAUUAAAAUUAUAUGGUGUUUUUAAUAAAAAAAAAAAGUAAAACUUACUUGUAGGUUACAUGUCAUCAAUUCAAUUCAAUUCUAAACAUUACUUUUGUUUACAUACUUCAUUUAAAACAAUUGUAAAUUUGCUGACCUUUAUUGAGCAAUUUUAGAAUAUUCUUUUUUUGUCAUUUUUAUAUGUAAUAAAUUUUAAUGUGCAUUUUGAAAUAAGUAAUUAUUUUUAAAGUCUUUACUUGCAACUUUUUCAGUGAAACAGGUACUAAUUUUGCAUUGAAUGUUUAAAAUUAAAUUCAAAUUAUCUCCUCUGAAAAUCCAACAAACAAUAUAACUUCAUUGCAAAGUUCAUUUUGCUUGUGACUUGAAAACAUAUUUUGAUUUAUAAUCUCAAGGGCAGACAACAUCAAUAUUGUUUUAAUUGGAACUGCUCUGAGUCGAUUAUCUCUUUAAAUAAGUAAACAAAGGGGAGAUAAUUUAACUGAAAGACCAAAAAAGAUUUGAUUUUUCCCGAAAAAGUAAGCUGUUAUGAAAAAUAAUCAGGUUGUAUUUCUCAAUGAUAGUUGACUUGUCAUAAAUGUUUUCUAAUGUAUAAAUUAUUGUGUAAAUUAAAAAAAUUGCAAGUUUGCUAGCGCGCACAUAUCUCUUUUACACAGAUUUAGUAUAUAUAUGUUGCCCACUGAUAUAGUUUAGAAUUUACAAAAGUUUGCAGAAUUGUAAUCUUUUAUUUAUUUUGUACAUACUUAUUUUAUAUUCUAUCCCUUUAGGAAGAUAAAGAGCAGUAAUAUACUAUUGUUGAAA